CUCUAGUUAUAGCCUUCGGCUCUUCACCUUCAACCUUAAUCACGCAGGAUUCAGUCACCACACCGCCUCACAACAGCCGCCGGUAACCAUUCCUCCGACUGGUUGCUCGUCCAACUUCGUCGUCCGCCGCCUACGUUCGCACCGCCGUAGAUAGCAGCGCCGGCGAUUUUCUUUUUGGGUGCAAAAACCCCUAAAAGAGCCGUUGAAGGGGAAACAAAUUUUCCUUCAUCUCACCCGUGCCAGGACCUCCCUAAAACCCCAACAAACAAACAGAGAAAUUUCUUUCAGUCAGCGAUUGGAGAUGAAGGUGGUGGCAUUGGUGAGCGGUGGCAAAGACAGUUGCUUUGCGAUGAUGAAGUCUAUUCAAUAUGGCCAUGAGAUUGUAGCAUUAGCUAAUUUGAUGCCUGCCGAUGAUUCUGUGGAUGAGCUUGAUAGUUACAUGUAUCAAACUGUUGGACAUCAAAUUAUUGUUAGCUACGCAGAAUGCAUGGGAAUUCCAUUAUUUAGAAGGCGGAUUCAAGGAUCCACAAGGCAUGAGAAGCUUAACUAUAGAAUAACUCCAGGUGAUGAAGUGGAAGAUAUGUAUAUAUUGUUAAAUGAAGUGAAGAGGCAAUUACCUAGUGUCACUGCAGUAUGCUCUGGUGCCAUUGCAUCAGAUUAUCAAAGACUGCGGGUAGAGAGUGUUUGUUCAAGGCUAGGACUUGUUUCUUUAGCAUAUUUGUGGAAACAGGAUCAAUCUUUGCUUCUGCACGAAAUGAUAAACAAUGGAAUUUUGGCCAUAACGGUGAAGGUCGCAGCAAUGGGAUUGGAUCCUGUGAAGCACUUGGGCAAAGAAUUAUCAUCUUUGGGUUCAGAUUUACAUAAGUUGAACAGAUUAUAUGGGAUCAACGUAUGUGGUGAAGGUGGGGAAUAUGAAACGUUGACCCUUGAUUGCCCUCUUUUUAAGACGGCUAGGAUUGUGCUUGAGGAAUUCAAAGUUGUGAUGCACUCAUCAGAUUCCAUAGCACCAGUGGGGAUCCUUCAUCCUGUUUCCUUUCAUUUGAAGUAUAAGGAAGAAACCUCUUCUCUUGGUGUAUGUGACAACACCAAUUUAGUUGACCAUGAGAAAGUGGGUCUUCUAUUUGAAAUUCAAGGAGAUUGCUUUCAAAAUUUCAGCACAUUACAAUCGGUUGCUGAUGCCUCUAGUGUCAAUCAUAUACUUAAUGAUGUUCCAGAUGAUAGACUUCAAAUUUUAUGUUCAAGGAUGCAGAAUACAUUUUCGAUCUGUUGCUGGUUGCAAGAUUCAUGUGAUACUUCUCCAGGUCUGCAGGACAAUCUGAAGACUGUUCUUAGGAAAGUAGAAUCAGAACUUCUAGCAUGUGGUUGUGGAUGGAAAAAUGUGCUCUAUAUUCAUCUCUAUCUUGCCGAUAUGAAUGAGUUUGCUUUGGCUAACGAAACAUACGUCAGUUUUAUAACACAGGAGAAGUGCCCUUUUGGUGUUCCAUCACGCAGUACAAUUGAAUUGCCUCUACAGCAAGUGAGAUUGGGAAAUGCAUAUAUUGAAGUUCUGGUGGCAAAUGACCAAACGAAAAGAGUUCUUCAUGUGCAGAGUAUUUCAUCUUGGGCUCCUAGUUGCAUUGGACCAUAUAGCCAGGCAACUUUGCAUAAGGAAAUCCUUUACAUGGCCGGACAAUUGGGGCUUCACCCUCCCACUAUGACACUUUGUAGUGGAGGUGCUACAAAUGAGCUGGAACAAGCAUUAAGAAAUUGUGAAGCAGUGUCUGAAUGUUUUAGAGCUUCAGUGUCUACAUCUUCUGUUAUAUUUGUCACGUAUUGUUCAACUCGGAUACAACCAGAGGAGAGAAAGAGAAUAGAGGACAAGUUGCAUGGUGUACUUGAGGAAAUGAGGCAUUCCGAUAAAGAUAGUUUGUCAAAACUGCUUGAUACCAUUUUUCUGUAUAUUCAUGUACCCAAUCUUCCUAAAGGAGCACUUGUUGAAGUAAAGCCUAUUCUUUAUGUUCAAGAGAAUUUAGAUACAGCGGAAGGAACUCUUCAUGACUCGCCGAAGUUACGGAUCCCUACAUCCUGGGGUUUCCAGUAUGAACACUGGCACAAGUCUUGCAUUCAGAAAUGCAUUGUUAAUGGAAAGAUAUGCGCGGCUGUAUUGUAUAUGACAAAUGAACUUGCUCGGAACAUUUGUUCUUGCUUGCUAGGAAAUCAGAUUAUGGAGGAGCACUUGGAGUUAGUUUCCAAAUUCUGCAUUUAUCUUCUCAAUGAAGUUCUCUUGGAUAGCGCAUUCUGUUGGGAAGAUAUAAAGAAUCUAAGGUUCUACUUUCCAACUAGCCUUAAUAUUACUCUGGAGGCUGCAUCAAUCAUAUUGUCUCGUGCUUUCGAUGAACUUGCUGAAUCGAAUCCAACAAUCCAUGUUGAUCGGUUCUUCAACCUCAUCCCAGUCUUAGGUGCUGGACGGACACCAACAUCCAUGAAUGAUAUAUUGACGUGUGAAUUAUUUGCUCAAAAAUCCUGAGACCAACUUGCUAACUGCUGCUCUUCUAUUCUCUGGCCUUCAACUUAUUAAUCUCCUCCCCAAGUUUACACGACUGAAGUGAAGAAAGAAAUUUGCGGAUUCUUAGUUAUGGAGGUAUGUCUACUCCCUUGCAUGACAAACUCUUUAUCUAUGUAGUUUUUGGGAAAAUUCUUGGUACUAUACUAAUAUAGUUUCUCUUAUUUGACACGUCAUUUAAUAAUAUAUUAAUUUAUUAUAUGGGCCAUACUAUUUUUAAAUGCUAUUGUUAUGGCAAACAAUGCAUAAAGAUGGUAUGAUAAAUUAUGGAAAGCAAUGAAUGAAAGUAAUAUGAAAGUUUCUUCAUA